UAGUCGACACGCGCACUAAUACCAUAGCAAGGAGCAUGUCGUCGAUGCAGGCGAGCAGCAGCAACGAGCAGGAGCAUCUCGAGCUCGUCUCGCCUCUCCAAAUCGCCAUCACGCCGCGUCUCAACACUCGAAGAAGCUACGAUGUGCACACAGAGUAUGUCAUCACACUGCUCUGCCCAUUGCACAAGGUGUGGUGGGACGUCACGCUCCGCCACUCCAAGCUCAUUGCGCUGCGCACCGACCUCGUCACGCACGCCAAUGCACUCAGAGCCGACCCCGAGUACGUGCGACUGUUGCUGCCCGUGCUACGCAUCGAUCUACCAAAGACGCUGUUUACAUCGACGAGCCACAAGCGGGCCCAGAAGCGCGUUCGCCUCUACCAAGAUUUCUUCUUUGCGCUCUUACACACGCGUAUUCAUCUCAUGGACCCCCACCGAUCGGCCAUCUCGGAGGUUCGCGCGCUCGUCCAGACCGUGCGCAAGGUCGUCGUGCUGCCGUCGCUCGGCAUCGUGUUGCCGCUCGAGCGGACACGGCGCGAGCCCACGGCUCCAGUCGCGACCAUGAACGAAAUCUUGCCUGAGAACGGCCCUGCGCCGUCAGCACCCGAGGCACCAGGCGCCGAGUUUGCGUCGGCCCCCGACUUGAACCAGCUACCGCCGCUUCCCGAAGCAACCGGUGCGCCAAAGACACUCGAAGACGAGACCGCUGACUACCCGAAUUGUGCACGAGCGAACCUUGUCCCGGUGGCGGCAGCACCGCGACAGCUUAGUGAGGACGACACAAUGAUCUGCGUGCUCGCAGUGCCGCUGACCACUGCACCGGACGACUCGGUAACCAACGCCGCGUGUCCCAUCUGCCUUGUGCCCUUUGGCGCGAGCGAGCUUUGCCAAGCCGGCGUCAUCGUCGUGACGUCCUGCAAACAUCUCUUCCACGCGGGCUGCAUCGGCCAUUGGAUCGACCAAGCAACGUCGUGUCCGCUGUGCCGCGUUACGAUCGACUAUGUGACUGGUCUGUGCAGCGAGAAUUUGGCCUAG